GGGAUAUUGACAUCACGUGACAUGGUGUCAGGCGGCGCGUUUAUCUCGCGUCUGGCCCGCGUCGCAGAUGAUCUUGUCGCCAGGCGAAUUUACAACGCUUUCCCCGGAACACUACGGUCUGAAUUCUCAUUACCACAAGUUUCUCCCCUUUCCCCUAGCCUGUAGCGGUUCCUUUCGUGGUCUCUCUGCAGACAAGACUUUGAAACCUACUAGCUGGUCACCCUGUAAUUGGGGUUGAGGGGCCAUGGCGGACCACGAGGAGGGGGUCCAACUCUUUGGACAAUGCAAGAUCUGCAUUGUCUGCUCCAAGGACUUUGACGAAGAUGCAGCCAACCAGCUUGCCAUCUCGAUGAAAGAGUAUGGCGGUGAAACGGUCAUCCACAGUGCAUCAUCGAUAUUCCCUUCAGUCCAGGAGUUCACGCACUUUAUUUCACCUACGAUCGACUUCCCUGGAUACCAAGCAGCGUGCGAUGCUCUUAUACCUGUGGUCAAGCCGCAAUGGGUGCAGGUUUCUAUCGCAAAGAUGAAGCUUGCUAAUCCCCGACAACACAACCCAGACCCGAGACUGUUUUUAAAUGACGUGGUUGUUACUUGCGGUGAUAUUCCCGAAGGUGAUAAGGACGCGAUAAUCGGAGGUGUCCUGGCAAUGGGUGGUCUCUACAGCUCUAGGAUCACCGCCAUGGUGACACACCUUGUGGAUCUGACGACGGACUCCGACAAAGCAAAGAUCGUGCUGGCGAAGAAACUGAACGUUAAAAUAGUACUUCCUCAUUGGUUCGACGACUGCUUGAAACUAGGCAGAAGGAUCCCCGAACGCCCAUACAUUCUACCCGAUCCAGAAAUCCUGCGCGCCGGUCCUGACAUGCCAAUUCGUGCUUAUGAGAAUAAGGAUAUCGUAGGCGCCUCAACGCCAGAACCUUCCAAUCUGCCGAGCCCAGUCAAGACACCUCAAACCAAACGCCAGCUGGACGUUUUCGAGGGCAAGAAAGUGAUGCUAUCGUCCGACCUUAAGAUCGGGUCUCAUCUGCAUGGUUCAAUAGAGAGCCUCAUCGAGCAAGGGGGCGGCAGUCUCACAUCUGACGUCUCCAAAGCGGACAUGUUUAUCUGUCGUUAUCGGGAAGGGUUCGAAUACAGGCUCGCCUCGAGGUUAGGGAAGGACGUCGGAAAUCUAUCUUGGUUGUACCACCUGAUCACUCACAACACUUGGACGUCUCCUAUGCGUCGUCUGCUGCAUUAUCCCGUCUCGCGUACCCCGAUCCCCGGAUUCAAGGGAUUGAAGAUCAGUCUUUCGAACUACGCAGGUGAAGCGCGAGCAUAUCUCGAAAACCUCAUUGCUGCCACCGGUGCAGAAUGCACGAGAACAUUGAGACAGGAUAACACGCAUCUUGUCACCGCCCAUGGAAACAGUGAGAAGUGCAGCGCAGCCAAAGAAUGGGGUCUGCAAGUCGUCAAUCAUCUAUGGCUGGAAGAGAGCUAUGCAAAGUGGAAGCAACAGCCCGUCUCGGAUCCACGUUAUACGCAUUUUCCAAAGCGGACAAAUUUGGGAGAAGUUGUCGGUCAAACGAAACUCGACAAGACUGUUCUCGAACAACUCUUCUUUCCCUCCGAGGAGACGCCGGAAGCUGCAAGCCCAGCAAGAGUGAUGAAACAGAAGGACCAAAAUGUGGCAGCGAGUUCAACUGCUGAUGCUAUGAAGCCUCCAAAAACUAAGACCAAGAAGAAGGGUGAUGCUGCUCCUGACACACGUGCCAUGACGCCUCGAUCUGCUACCACAUCCCAUAAUGUCGAGAAUGGUGAGAAGAUGAGAACACCCAUUCUUUCACGUCUUCUAGCGGAUGGAAAGGAGAACGACACGCCUUCCACAACAAGUAGCCGCAAGUCUAAGGAGGCCGCUGCCGCGCGAUUGCACGAGAUAGCGCCCGACAUUGCACUGUACGAGAAAGAAUUGAAACGCGUUGGUGGUGUCAUUUACGGUGGUAGAAGGAAGAGUGACGAAGACAGGAUCACUCAUGCUAAGAAGAGAAAAUCGACUGAUGGCCAGGAAGAAAGCAAUGUGGAGGAAGAAUCCGAGGCAAAGAGGCUGAAGAAGUCAAAACCGCCAGUGACAAUGCGCCUAUUGAUUACUGGCUUUCAGAGAUGGGUGGGAAAUCAAAAGAAGGAAGAUGCGGACAAGCGACAACUUCGGGAACUGGGCAUCGUCAUUAUCCAGGAAGCGCGCAAUUGCACUCACCUAGCAGCUCCCUCGAUUUUGCGUACGCCCAAGUUCGUCAACGCGCUGGCAUAUGGGCCAGUGAUCAUCAAUGUCGACUUCAUUACGCAAUGUCUCAAGAAGGAUCAACUUCUUGACCCCAAUGAUUUCAUUUUGGAAGACAAGGCUGCUGAAAGCAAAUACGGCUUCUCGCUUGAGGAAGCAAGAUCCAGAGCCAAGAUAAACAAGAACAAGCUUCUUCGAGGACACAAUGUGUACUGCGUCGAAUCCAUUCGAGGAGGAUUUGAAGCGUUCAAAUCCAUCGUUGAGAUCAACGGGGGCGAAUGCGCCCUUUUCCGUGCACGUGUAGCCAUGAGCAGCCACCAUCGGCCGGACAGUGACGAAAGCGAUGACGAAGAAGAAAGACGUUCGACUUCAAAGGAAGUGUAUCUUCUCAGCAGUACCCAGCCCGACCAAGUGAAGCUGUGGCCGCGGUUCCGCCAGAUGGUCCGCGACGUCGGAAAGGUGCCGCGGAUCGUCCGGGUCGACUGGUUGUUGGAUAUUGCCAUGUCUCAGGAGUUGCGUUGGAAGGACGAAUACGAGCUGAACGAGGACAUGAUCGAGAACGCCGAAGCAUAACCGGUCGUAAGUGGCAUAGUGUAUGGUGGUGUUGGAUGCAUCUCAUGAGGCACAGGUUUGGUAUCUUGUUACUGGUCAGAGAUAUGGUGUAUUUGGCGGUCGGUUUCCUGUUUUGUUGCAACCACAAUAUUUGCUUCGUCCCUUUUCUUAGUUUGCUGUAUGAAUACCCAACUGCAAGUUUUUUUGAAGGCACUGCACGGUGUAUAUAAUUAUGCCGCUAUUCAUGUUUGUUUAAAAGAACUUGACACCUUCUUGGCCUUCAUUGCCAAAGACCUGUGCCUUUCCCUGCUUGACUAGGACGUUGAGGGAUCUUAGCAUGAUAUCGGGAUCUAGUCCGUGGAAUUCUAGAU